AUGUGCUACUAUGGCAAUUAUUAUGGUGCCCUGGGUUAUGGUGCCCUGGGUUAUGGUGGCUGGGGUUAUGGCAGCCUAGGCUGUGGCUUUGGUGGCUAUGGUUAUAGUUGCUACCGCCCAUGCUGCUAUGGAAGAUACUGGUCUUUGGGUUAUUACUAA